UUCAAGUACUGUGUGUGUUUGCGUCCGUGUUUCUUUCUGUACGUUUGGCGGUGUCUGCUUGUGUAUCUGUGCUUAUGUUUCUUAGUGUGUGCUUAUUGCUGUGAGGACACGCUCCCUGGGUCAGCUUGGAAGGCUGUGUAUGUAUAUGUGUUCCUACAGUCCGUCCAGCAGAUAUGUUGUAUUCUCUAGGCAUUAAGAACAUAACGCACAGAUGAUCUAACAGCGAAAGGCCAGGGGUUGUGGUGUGAGAGGCUGGGACUGGGCCCGGAGCAUGGAGCUGUGCUAAGGAAGGUUCUAGAUCCAAGGCUAGGGGCUGUGAUUAAGACCUAGUGUUGGAUUGAGGCUGUAAUGAUGCAGCCACAGAGGCCUUGUUUGUCCAGGUGGAGGGUCCUGCUCUGGUCCACACUACUCCUCCUCAGUCCCCUCAGAGUCACAGGGCAUCCCUAUACAAUUGUAGAAGAGGGCUUGCCUUGGGAGGCCGGGAGUGGUGACCAAACUGUGAGACGAGAAAAUUGGAACCCAUGUCUGGAGGGCCAGGAUGUGUUUUCCACGGUUAGAGAGAACAGCAUGAUGGGAGAAUUUAUCAUUGAGCUUAACACAGAGCUGACAGCCAAUGAUGUUGUCUGGAACCUAACUGGGGAGGAUGCUGAUUGGUUCUUCCUGGAAGGGCGGAGCAUCAGACUCAAGGCCCCAUUGGACAGAGUUCUGGACCGGGAGGUUCAGGGCCCAGUCCUGAUGGCAGCGUUGACCUGCUUUGAGGAGGACAUUGUGCAGAGUGAGUACAGGAUCAUGGUGGAGAUUCUGAAUGAGAAUGAUAACACUCCUGAGUUUGUGGAGAGCACCAUUCAGCCUCGCAGCAUCAGUGAGCUGGCUGAGGUGAAUACAGUGGUGUUUACAGUCCAGGCCACAGAUGCAGAUGAUGACACCAUCAUGUACUCCAUCGACCAGACCUCGCCUGAUGCUGCAUACUUCAGAGUGGAUCUUCCUAACAGUGGAGAGGUGAUACUGGCCAAGCCUCUGGACUACGAGACCAAAACACAACUAGAGAUUACCAUAUCCGCUUUGGAGAUUAACACUGCAGAGAAGUUCAACACCAGUGCCAUCCUGAUCGUGAAUAUCUUGGACAGAGACGACCAGUACCCACAUUUCCUGCCAUGCACGCCCAUCUCCAACAACCAAUCAAAUCGUGUCUGCACCAAUCCCAUCUACAUGGUUAACAUCACAGAAGGCGAACAGGACAUUCUUCUGGACUUCUCUCCCGGGCCAAUCAAUGCUGUGGAUGGAGACAGAGGCCUCAGUACACCUCUCAGCUACAGCAUCCUGUCAGGGGCUGAUGGCGGGCAUUUCGUGAUGGAUGAGCUGACAGGGGAGGUGCGUCUGACAAGAGGAGUAGAGAACAGACUACAGACACCCACACUACACCUCCAAGUCAUGGCAUACCAGAGGAAUGACCCUUUGAAGUAUUCAGUUACCACAGUGGUGGUCUGUGUUGUUGCUGUCAACCACUUUCCUCCUCAGUUCAGUUGGCCUGAAUACCAUGGCUUUGUCAUUGAAGGCGACAGCCCUGCCUCACUGGUCAACACUUACGGCAACACUGUGCUGCUGAUACAGACACAGGACAGGGACUUCUCUGAUGGCAUCAAUCCCAAUAUGCACUACUCCCUGAGGUCCUCGUCCAAUCACACACAGUUCUACCACAUCACACAGGAGGGGCUUCUGAUCGCCAGAACCAAUCAGCUAUGGCCAUCACAGACACACAGUCUGAAGGUAGUGGCUGUGGAUUUGGAGUCAGGUGAAAUGGACACGGCUCUCAUAAAGGUGGAGGUGCUGUUUGAAGGACAAACAGUUCCUCAGGGCCAAUUGGGGGAUGGGCUUCUUCCUGGUAGCUGUGCAGUGGGCAAGGCUAUGGGUAUGGUCAUCCUGGGGCUGACUCUGUUAGGCUGCACUCUGUAUGCACUGCAGCAUGUACUCCAGACAUACAGAGGACUGAAGGACCCAGAGGACAGGGGCUGUAUAGCCCAGGGGAAGCACCCCAACGUGAGAUUACAAUGCUUCCAACUGGUGAGUCACAGUAGUCCCAUGCCAGUACUGGAUGAGGUGAAAUUUAAAAAAGAGGGUCUGAGCAGCUCCACCUCCAAGCUACUGGGCAGUCAGAGCAUCUACAGUCCUGCAGACUUCAACUCUUCUCCACUCAAUGUUUUACCUGUAGCUAUACCCUCAACGACCUACAUCCAGCCUAUACUACCCAGCACCACUCCUACAGACCCCAGUCAUUGCCCUGCUUCACCCAACUCCUCCCAUACACCUGCUACAACCACCACACCUGAACUACUCACAACAUCCACUCAACCCUUGGACAACUCUAGCUUUAACACACCCACACUCCCCACACCUACCCCGAAUCUGAUGGAUGAACCUUUAUCUACAGACAGAUUUUCACAUACACACCCCUUCCCUAUUGCAGAAGAGGUAGGUACACCCACUCAGGUAGAAGAGACUCCUAAAGACACCCACCCACCUACCUCACCUACCCAACAGCAGGUACACACACCUUUACCUCCUCCCAUUCCUAUCAACUCACCCCCCCAUGCCACCCCACCUACCUCAAUUACCACACCUCUCCCUCUUUCACCUGCUGCAGACCCAAUACACACUCCAGAGUGUACAGGAGAUACUCACACACCUUUACUUACUCCACCCUGUCCAGAGCAGGACAGCGUUGGGACACCCCCACCUAAACCCACUACAGGGCAGGCACACAUACCUGUACUGACCACGCCCACCCCAGAGCAGGUAGGACCACCAGGGUACCCUGAGAAGUGCAAACUCUCCACACACAGCCCUGAGACAGCCUCCAUUUGGGAUGAUGACUGCUUCCUGGGGGAUGAGGAGGCCAUCAGGACCAGUGAUGAUGAUGAGGAUGAAGAGCUGGUGAGACUCUGUUUUCGAGUACAGCCCACAUUCCUGAUAACAGACUAUGACAAUGACAUCACUACUGAGAUCCCCCCUAGCAGUGGAGAGGACGAGGGGACUGAAAAUGGCGAAGGAGUGGAGAGAGCGAUGGAAUUGAUGGAGGGAGACAAGGGAGAGAGAGGCAGUGAUUAUAUGGAAGGAAAGGGGGGUCAUUUGGAGAGCGAAGCAGAGAGCUUGAAACAGGGGAAUCAAUCAUCUCAACCCUGUAAUACCGAGCAGGAAGUAUCAGUGGGCCAAUCAGAGGAGAGAUAGACAGUAACCCAGCAACACUCUCUAACUAAAAGUAUCUUUGGUGAGUUGCUGAGGCCAAAGAUGUCGGAACGCUCUGAAACACACCCAUAUAAACACACACAGAAACACACACACACAUACAGUACACUGAUGACAUAGGAACAUCCUAGACUUGCCUCAACCAAGUGUAAAUGAAACACAACACAACAGGCCAUGUGUCUGAGAUAUAGGCUACACUUCACUUGUAACAUAGGCCUAUGACUUGAGUUUGUUGUGUUGCUGUGUUGUUGUUCUUAUUGUGUUGAAUGGACUCCUGCACACUGUGUGUAGGCCUACUUACAAAUAAAUAUGUAUCGUGCAUCUG